CUAACCUGUCAUUAAUGUCAGGUCAGCAAAAAUAAAUUGUCAACGCCAGCUGUUUUAGUGACUGUGCCGGUGAUUUUUUAAUUUUGUAUAGAUCUGAAAUAGGAGAAAUAUUUAAAAAAUGGAUGAAAUUGAAUAUAAGUUAAACACUAACAACAGUGUAUUGAUAGUCAAUGCAAUCGACAAGCUAAUAUCGACUAUUAAAUCCAAAUAUAAGCCGAUAGAAAGACAGCGAUUUGUAAAUGAAAAUGAGGAACUAAGGUUUUUGAGAGAAAAGUGUUCUUCAAAGGAUGCUAAGGUUAGCCUGACGGCGUGUCAGGGUCUGCUGGCACUGGUGGAACUCGGGGUCUUGGAAAUAGCCCACACAAUGUCCACUGUUGUUACUUUAUUGCCUAGCACACAUAACUACUCAGCUAUUAUAUCUACAAUGGCUGGUUUAUUGAUAUUGGACCUGAAGUCUCGCUUAGUGCCAGGCCACCAGUACAAAUGUCAGUUCACUCUGAAGUCUCCACAGCACCCAUUCAUCACAGUGCUGGACAAAAAUAAGGAUGCUGAAGGUGAUGUGCUCGCACAGAUGCAUGCAUUGUGCACCCAUCCUGAUUACACGGUGUCAUCAAAUAGCUUAGAGCUUCUGAGACCUGUGUUCUUCUGCCUGACCUGCCACCCACAGAGGGAAGGCAGCAUCAGACCUUGGCAACUGUUGCUUAGUUUACCACAGACAACAGCACAGUCCUCCCUACUCCUAGCCUGUCUCAGUUGUCAACAGAUAUACAACCCGGCCUCAAUAGAACGUUCAUUCGCGGCGUACAGCGCGGUCACUGAGGCGGCAGUUUACCAGCAACACCGAGAACAUGUCAUGGCUCUACUUCCCAUGCUUGCCAGGGUGUCCAAUCAACUUGUCAAAUUGGAACGAGACCCUCGUUCCUGCUACAACCUGAUAGAGCGGUGCUUCGCCCUCGACGCCCCCGAACUAAAGUCGGUCGCCGGCAUUACUCUAAUGCUCCUGGCUGAAAAUCUCACUGACACAUCCGCUCUGCACCUUCAUGAACUCUUCAAUUUAUGCAUAAACAUAAUCAGCAAAUACGAGUAUUCAUCCAUAUCUCUCAACGUCUUCGUGGCUCUCUCACUACAAUGGCUGAACCUUCCAUCCUACCUCACUGCAUCAGCUCUUAAAGUAGCCUCUAAAAUCCUGGACAUCUACCAGGAUAACUACAAGGAAGACACAAGACUCCACACACCGAAUCUUAAAGCCAACAAAACAUUCCAAUCCUUACUCUACACUGACAGUCAUCUCUCAAUCAUUUUCAAAUUGAACCAAAACUGGGAGCGAAUGAGAGAUAACCCGGACAAAUUAAAGAGCUGGCUUGAUUCCUUAUCCACAGUAAAUAAUGAAGUCAAAUUGGAAUUGCUACCAUUCUUACUGGGUAUGAUUUUAGAGAAACGCAAGGAGGCGUGGUAUGAAGAGAUUGUAGUUAAAGUUAUUAGGAUUGUAGUAGAUCUGGUUGAAUACAAGAAGGAGGUUUCUGUGCAGUUACUGUCUCUGUUAAUGUAUAAAAUAGCUAAUGAUAGAUGUCCUGUGGUGAGGUUGGAGUGUUUGAGGGCGUUGCCUUUAAUGGCGAAAACGAAGGAAAAUGUUCCAGUUAUCGUAUCUGUAUUGAAUAAGAUAAAGGCUAAUAAAGGUGCACCGACCUCGUUCCUCAUCAUGCUAUACACCAGUUUAGCAGAAACACAGGUGCGAUGUUUCCCAUACUUGCAAGAAAUGCUCGUAGACCCCGGGGUGGGCAAGCAAGAUGACUUGAAGUGGGAGCUCGACAUCGCUAAAGCGAUUGCUGUUAAUAGGAUUUGUGAGAUACGUCCCACAAGCCACGGCCUGGAGCUGGUGUCAGUGAUAUCGUCCCUGCUGAACCGUUGCGGGGAGCGCGGGGGCAGCGCGGCGACCAGCGUGUGCGUGGCAGCCCUGGCGCGGCUGUGGCGCGCCGCCGCGCUGGCGCCGCACUCCACGUGGGCAGCCCUGCAACCCAAGCUGGCCCGGGACACACGGCCUGCUGUGCAGAUCAGUAUCUGCAAGCUGCUAAGCGAGGUCCCGUCCCUGCGAGUAUCGACGCCGGAGUUCGAUCGGCUGGCCCGCGAGGGGGCGCGCCGCCUGUGGCAGUGGGUGGCGGACUCCAACGUGCCCGAAGUCGUCGAGGCUGCCUGCGACGCGCUCGCUAACUACAAGAUCGACGAUUACAAGCUUUGUGAUGUACCUGAGAUUUGA